UCACACGUUCACCAAACCAUCAUCUCUACAGACCAACGAAUAUUUUUUGCUCUCUAAUACACCUGAAGUUGAUCCAGCAUGGUAUCAGCAGGGCUGCAGAUGCUGGGUAUAGCCCUGGCAGUGAUUGGCUGGAUUGGGGUUAUAGUGGUUUGCAUUCUCCCCAUGUGGCAAGUCACUGCUUUUAUAGGACAGAAUAUCGUCACGGCGCAGGUUACCUGGGAAGGAAUCUGGAUGAGUUGCGUGGUGCAGAGCACUGGACAGAUGCAGUGUAAAGUCUACGACUCCAUGUUGGCUCUGAGCUCAGAUCUACAAGCCGCUCGAGCUUUGUGUAUUAUUUCCAUCCUAGUCGGUGUUGUGGGAAUCCUACUCGCGGCGGCUGGAGGAAAAUGCACCACCUGCAUUGAAGAAGAACGUGCCAAGGCUAAAGUUUGCGUCAUUUCUGGAGCUAUCUUCAUCGUGGCUGGAGUUCUGUGCUUGAUUCCUGUUUGCUGGACCGCCAAUAAUAUUAUACGCGACUUCUACAACCCUAUGACCGUCAGCGCGCAGAAGGGCAUCUGCAUCUGCUGUGGCAUUCCCAUGUGGCGGGUCACCACCUACAUCGGCGCCAACAUCGUGACAGGCCAGAUCGUGUGGGACGGCCUGUGGAUGAACUGCGUGAUGCAGAGCACGGGGCAGAUGCAGUGCAAAAUACAGGACUCCAUCAUGAACCUGACCCAGGAUCUGCAGGUGGCGCGUGCACUGGUCAUCAUCUCCAUACUGAUCGGAUUCGUAGGCAUGCUGCUGACGUUUAUUGGUGGACGGUGCAGUAGCUGUCUGAAGAACGAGUCCUCCAUGGCUAAAGUGCUGAUUUUGGGAGGCAUCCUGUGCAUUGUUGCUGGAGUCCUGCUGCUGAUUCCUGUGUGCUGGUCUGCGGCGUACACCAUCUCCGAUUAUGUUAGCGUCACCACCAUUCAGACGCAAAAGAGAGAGCUUGGAGCGUCUAUAUAUGUCGGUUGGGGUGCUUCAGCGUUUCUGUUAUUCGGAGGGAUUAUCCUGUGCACUUCUUGUCCGCCGAGAGAAGAUAUCUAUCCACAAUACCCAGGCAUGUACCCAUACCAGGGACCGGUCUAUGGGCAUCCUUAUGCUCCGAGCACAGUUUAUAGUGGGAUGAACAAGCCGUAUCAUCCUCCUGUUGCUUAUUCACCUGCUCCAAGACAAUAUCACGUUCAACGUCGCAAGCCAACUUCACAAGCAAAAAUGGUGUCUAUGUGCAGAGAGAUCCUGGGCAUGUGCCUGGCCAUCAUUGGCUUCUUGGGAGCCAUUAUUAUUUGUGCUUUGCCCAUGUGGAAGGUGACCGCGUUCAUCGGAGCCAACAUCGUGACGGCGCAGACCAUCUGGGAGGGUUUGUGGAUGAACUGUGUGAUGCAGAGCACAGGACAGAUGCAGUGUAAGAUCUACGACUCGCUCCUGGCCUUGCCUCAGGAUCUGCAGGCCGCUCGAGCUCUCGUGGUCAUCGCCAUCAUCGUCUGCUUUUUCGCUCUCAUCCUGGGAAUCGCCGGCGGGAAAUGCACCAACUUCGUGGAAAGGGAAGACGCCAAGGCUAAAGUGGCCAUCGCCAGCGGUGUGAUCUUCAUCGUUGCUGGAGUUCUGGUGCUGGUGCCUGUCUGCUGGUCCGCCAACACCAUCAUCAGAGAUUUCUACAAUCCGCUCCUCACGGACGCUCAGCGGAGGGAGAUGGGGGCUUCGCUGUACAUCGGAUGGGGCGUCGCGGCGCUGCUGAUCAUCGGAGGAGGAAUCCUGUGCAGCUCCUGCCCUCCAAAAGAGGAAAAAUACGGCAUCAAAUAUUCCCAGCCGCGCUCCACCGCCACCAGCAGAGCCUACGUCUGAGGGAUACGCUAAGAUCGCGAAGACUUUUGGAGACUCUCUCACUCUUUCGUUCUAAGAUUUGCCAAGAAGAUCAAUUGACAGACUGUGUUUGCUGUUGCAUUUAUAGUAGUUAUAUAGUGAGUAUAUAUAUGUGCUGUGCUAUAUUAUACACACUCAGAAAAUUACCUUUGAGCUGAAAGAACACAAUUCUUGAGAUAUUUGUUGGCACAACUUAAUUGUUUUAUGUCAAAUUCACUUAAUGGCUAAUAACUUAAUCGAUUUAUGUUUGGCCGACAUGAAUGAACAAUGUGGACGCCUGCAUUUGUUUUACAGCCUACACACUCAAGAAAACGAUGUUUGCAGAUGUUUUGGAAAAUGAUAUGUUUGCUGUUUGUUCAAACUACUCAUUUAAAAUGAGCUGAAACAACACAAUUCUUGGGUUUCUUUGGGACAACUUAAUUGUUUUAUGUUCAUCUCAAUUAAAUUUGUAAAUAAUAAUAAUAAUAAUAAUAAUAAUAAUAAUAAUAAUAAUAAUAAGCAAACUUAAUUCCUUGAUGUUCUUCCAACACAAAUGGAUUAAGUUAGCUUAAUUGCUUUCAAAAAUUUGAGUGGAUUUAACAUAAAAUAAUUAAGUUGUCCCAAAAAAACCCUCAAAGCUCAUUUUAAAUAAGUCGUUUGUUGAGUGCAGAUCCCUGAAUGAGAAAAAUGUGCAUUUAUAAUGUGAUUUUAUUAAAUAUUUUUGUUUGUUUGUAGUUUUUUUAACAAUGUAUUCUUAUAUUAUACAUUUAAUAUGACAAUAGGAAUAGUUUCUUUAAAUGUACAAUUGAUGCUAUGUUACUGUUAAAUAUUGUUGCCUUAAAAAUGUGCAUUAACCUAGCUGUUGUGUUUGUUUAUCAGUGUAUAAAUUAACAUUAUUGCAUAAAGAUGUGUUAAUCGGUAAAAUUCUCCUGCUGUUUGUUUUUGUUUAUUAUAAUAAAUGGUUCUGUAAAACAGUAAA